AUGCAAGGAGGAGCCAGGAGCUGGGUCUUCCCAGACCAAAGUGGGGCGGAGGUCCGGGUCUGCCCUGUGAGUGGGGGCAUGCGAGAUGGGCAUGGCCGCGCAGCUCUGAGGACCAUCUCAGGAUGGGGCGGUGAUAGUGCCCUCCCGCAGCGGCCCCUGAGAGAGGGGAGCUGUGGACCAGCCUCUUCUAAGGAUGCUCUUUCUCUCAGUGUCUCCCACCUGGAUGUGGCCUUCCUGCCCCUUCGGUCUAAACCCUCUAACCUCCUGCUAGCCCCACCGUUUCCCAGCUUCAGCCCAGGAUCCCAGCUUUUCCCCUCAGUCAGUCUGCCCUCGCGGGCUGUGGAGCCCCGGGCGGCGCACCUGAGCCUCUGCACGUGUUUCCUCGCCCAUGACCGGGUGGGUAGCAGCACCCCCCACGUGGAAGUGGUGACGACUGAAGAGUCACGGGCACAAGGCCCGGAGGGCACUGCCCGGCCCUUGGCGGGACUUGCGACGUUAACGGCUGUGUCAGCUGCCGCUCGCCAAACAGAGAUCUGGACCGGGGUCCUGCUCCUGUGCGAGCAGCAGGAGGCCCUCCUGGGCCUCGGCGUCCCCGACGUUCGGAGGCCAACAGCACCCCACCUCCCAGUCACCGCACUGCGUCACCUGGCUCCCACGUGA